UAAUCGAUGAGAUCUAAUAGGUCGCGUGGAGGUAAUUGGCAGUAGUCUUCCUUGUUUGUCUUCCAAUUUUUUUACAAGAUAAAAUAUUAGAACUUAGUUCAUAAGAUUUCCGUUCAAUUCAUUCUUGCUUAGAGAGUUGAUGUCUACGUGGAUAUAUAAACCACUGCUUUAAGUUGGCUUAUAAUAAAGAUGACUGCAAAGCAUUCCAAAGGAAUUAUUAAAUUAGGGUGUGUUUUUUUAACACAGACAAAAGUGAAAUGAUUUUGAAACAGUCGUCACUAUGACCUCUAUUCAUAAGUUUGAAUGUAUAGGUGCUUUUAAAAGCAGCAAGUAGACUAAGCUAAUUCAUUUGAAGAUUCUUAAGAGUUAAUAUUUGGCAAGUAAACUUUGCCCAGAGGUUGCUGUUUUGCAUCAAAUUUUUAAAAGCAACAUUACCAUUUGUGUUUCUGAUUGUUACUUUAAAUGAAAACAUGCUCAGUUUUUAGUUUAGUUUGACAUGAUUUCUAUGUAAAACAUUUAUAUUAAAAUGCUGCUUCAUUAUUCACUAUAAAUUUUAUUUAUUAUAUAUUUCUGUGUUCGCUUAAUGUUUGUUUAUUUAAGGUGUUUAGAGUUUAUAUCACAUUCACUCCUCAUCUUUCUCUCCUGGUACUCCAUCUCAACUGUUGCUUCCGUUUCCAGAAAUCCUCUGAAAGUCAGAGGGCUUUCUGGGCAUUGAACUGAGACCUUUGUCGUCAUGUACCAGAGCCUCAGGAUUAACCCCAAAUGUCCUUUGGAACCAAAUAGGGUCCAUUCAGCCCUCAUGGCUGACUGAUAUAAUAGGGUCACCCAACCUGGUCUUGGUUAUACAUGCCAAGUCAGCCCUCUUAUACACACGAAGCCAUGAACAAGAGAGGCUUAAUUAUUGAUCAACCAGGCAUUUAAUAGUAGUAUUUGGAAGCCAAGGUCUGGUAACCAGGCAUAAGGAAAUAGCCUUGGAAUCAACUGGAGAUGUUGAAAUAUCUUCCCCAAGACCAGCCAGCCCUGCCCUAUCUCCUGUCCAAGAUUCUGUUGUGUGCUCCUUUCCCAAAAGGCCAAAUCUCCCUGACCUGUACCAUCCAUCCCAUUGAUAAAGGCCUCCAUCCAGUCCUAAACUAGCAAUCUUUCUCCUUCUCCGGUUAACUAGUUCCUGUGAAUUGCUUCUGAUCUAGCAUGCAACGAUCUGCCAGUCAGCUGCAUUCCCAUCACACAUCCACACCACACUCCCAAAUCCCUUCCCCCACUCAUAGGGUUUUUUUGAGGGGCCAAAUAGACACUCACCACUGGCUGGACCAACCCAGAAAGUCCAUAUAAAAGCCAGAGGAAAUCUAGGUGAUCUCAUCAGCUAGCUCCAAAUACUGACUGAAAGUCCUUUCACUUCUCAUUCCAAGUCCUUCAGUGCUGUGCAGAAGAAUCCUUGGGCACACAGUGCUGAAAGGCGGCACAAGUGGAUACAUUUAUCUCAUCUGCAAUUGCUGCCAUCUGUAAAAGACAAAAUGGCCUCUGCCCAGAAUGAUAGGCUGUAUGGCGUGUAGAGGACAAACUCCAGCUCUCCUACUAGGCCAAUUUUGCUCUUUGGCACUCACCCAUAGCAACCAGAAGUUCCGAAUCUCUGAAUUCAAGCUUUUCUGGGUUGCCACCAUUGCUGUCCAGCUGAUUGACAGUAUCUCCAAUUCUAAUCUGCAGCACCUCUAGAUCAUCUGAUUGAAUACAUUAGCUUGUAUUGAAUGCAUUGAAUACAUAAGGGGAAGUAGAUGGAUACAGAAAGGUAAAAGCUUAUGUAAUGAUGUGUCUUAUGUUUUUACAUUGGAGUACACACUAGAAGAAAUUUUAGUGGUAGUUCAACUAUAGAGCCAUUGUGUGUACAUUAAUUUAUAUAUUAAAGAAUCUGGAUGAUAAUUUCCUUUGUUAAUGUUCCCCCCCCCCCUUUAAAAAUGAAGUUCUAGUUAAAUCAUACAUAAAUUACAUGAGGAAAGAGAUGGCAUGAGUUUGCAGUGGGCUGUUGUAAUUUGUCUUUCUAAUUGUAGACAGUGGACUAUGCCACCAUGGAAUAUUUACUAUAUACUAUAGAUAUAUUACUUUGUUCCGUAUUUCCUUCUCUGAUACACAGUGGAGACAUCUUAAUUUAGUGAAUGUCAAAGUCCAAAAGAAUAGUCAGGAAAUGUCAAUUUAUUAUUUGGGUUACUUAAAAAAAGGUUUUCUGAACUUUGCUUUAGUUUAAUGAGUAACCAGUUGAAAACUACCAGAACUAAAUGAUUUAAAGACAAAACAAAGUUAUCGACAUCAUGUCUGAAAGACCAAUUUGCAUUGCUGAUUUUGAAGAAUAUGCUAAGAAAUUUCUUCAAAAGUCUGUGUACGAUUACUAUAAGUCUGGGGCUGAUGAUCAACAAACAUUAGCUGAAAAUGUAGCUGCAUUUUCAAGAUUAAGACUAUACCCCCGGAUGUUGAAAAAUGUUUCAACCCUGGACCUGACAACUUGUGUCUUGGGAGAGAAAAUCAGUAUGCCAAUAUGCAUUGCAGCCACUGCCAUGCAAUGCAUGGCUCAUGCAGAUGGGGAAAUUGCAUCUGCUAGAGCCUGUAGGUCAGCAGGAACAGGAAUGAUGCUGAGUUCAUGGUCCACAACAUCCAUCGAAGAAGUUGCUCAGGCAGCUCCAAAGACAAUUAUCUGGUUGCAGCUCUAUAUUUAUAAGGACCGUGAUGUCACCAGAUCUUUAGUGCAUCGGGCCGAAAAAGCUGGCUACAAAGGCAUUUUUGUGACUGUAGACACCCCAUAUCUUGGAAAGCGCUUAGAUGAUGUACGCAACAAGUUUCGUCUGUCUCCACAUCUCAGAAUGAAAAAUUUUGAAACCAAUGAUCUGGCAUUUUCAUCUGAGAAAGGUUAUGGUGAAAACAGUGGCCUGUCUGUUUAUGUCACAGAGGCAAUAGAUCCAUCAAUCAACUGGGAUGAUUUGAAAUGGCUCAGAGGACUGACUGCAUUGCCCAUUGUUGCUAAAGGAAUCCUCCGAG